GUUUCUUGCAGAACCGUUCCGGGGGUGUCGCGCUCUCCGCAUGUCUGACCGCGCGGCCAAGUGGCGCCAGAACUUCCAGAAGGCUCGCGCCAGCGCGGCCCAGGUCCAGGCGGAGCUCCAGAAGUUGGACCUGCUGACGCCCUCCGAUCGGGGCGAGCGGAGUAAGGUCAUCGCUGGCAUCCGCGGCAAGGCGUACCAGGUGAAGAUCGAACUGGAGCAGCUGUCCCGCGAGCUGACCAGUCUCAGCAGCAACAGCACGGAGAACGAGGUGACGCGGAAGUCCAUCACCCAGUUCAAAGAUGAGCUGGAACAGGCCUUCGCGGAGUAUCGGGAUCUGCAGAAGCGGCUGCAAAGCCCCUCGACUGCUCCGGCGGCUGGCGCCGCGGCUGGCGCCGGCGCCGCGAGCGCCGAAGGCCCGCGAGGGGACCGAGGCGCAGAGAUGCAGCCAGUCUCACAGCGGCAGAUGCUGGAACGCCAGCAACAGCAGAUGAGGGACAUGGAGGAGCCGCUGUCGGCGCUGGAGGGCUCGGUGAACAACCUGCAGCAGGUGAGCUCCAUGAUCCGGAGCGAGAUCACGCUGCAGAAUCGGCUUCUGGACACCGCCAAUCAGACAGCGGACCGCACCGCCUCCCGCCUGACCCGCGCGCGCUCGAUGAUGACGAGGUUGCAGACCAUGGACCGGAAUCGGUGGCUGGGCUGCUCAAUCGUGGUCCUCUUUGGGCUGCUGGUGGUGCUCUUCUGCUACAUGGUCCUGUAGCUCUUCCGCCAGUGGGCGAAUCGGCAAUUGGCCUUGCGAGUUGGACAGAGGCCAUGAGCCGCUACAAGGGGCCCGUGAUGUACAACAGAUUUGUAGACUAUUUUUUCCUGGCUUUACGGCAAAGACGAGCAUGACACCCGGAAAAUGUCUAGGUCCC